GAAGAUCACACUAGUACUGUAGGUGCUUCCCACUGUAGACCUGGGACUAGUCGCCUCAGCCAUGGUACCGUCCGCCGCCACCUCCUGAGAUCUUCCCCAAACCCUAAGCCCGAGAGCUCCAAUGGCGUUCGCGCCGCGGCUCCUCCUGCCGUCCCAUCCUCCGCCUCCGCCCCCGGCCCGCCGCCCCGCGCCGGCGGCCUCGGCGCGGUACAACGGGCGCACGGCGCCGGAGCUGUCGGGCCCGACCCCGCGGGUGGUGGUGGUGACCUCGGGCAAGGGCGGCGUGGGGAAGACGACCACCACGGCUAACCUCGCCGCCUCCCUCGCCAGGCUCAACCUCCCCGUGGUGGCCGUCGACGCCGACGCCGGGCUGCGCAACCUCGACCUGCUCCUCGGCCUCGAGAACCGCGUCCACCUCACCGCCGCCGACGUGCUCGCCGGGGACUGCCGCCUCGACCAGGCGCUCAUCCGCCACCGCUCCCUCCAGGGCCUCCACCUGCUCUGCCUCUCCAAGCCCCGCUCCAAGCUGCCCCUAGCCUUCGGCUCCAAGACCCUCACCUGGGUCGCCGACGCGCUCCGCCGCUCCGCCGAACCCCCCGCAUUCAUCCUCAUCGACUGCCCCGCAGGUGUUGAUGCCGGGUUUGUCACUGCCAUUGCCCCUGCAGAAGAGGCGGUGCUCGUGACUACUCCCGACAUAACGGCUCUCCGUGACGCUGACCGUGUGGCGGGGCUGUUGGAAUGUGACGGCAUCAAGGACAUUAAGAUCAUCGUCAACAGAGUGCGGCCAGACCUGGUGAGAGGGGAGGACAUGAUGUCGGCCCUCGACGUGCAAGAAAUGCUCGGUUUGCCUUUGCUAGGCGUGGUUCCAGAGGACUCAGAGGUGAUCCGUAGCACGAACAGGGGCGUGCCGCUGGUGCUGACUGACCCGCCGACACCUGCUGGCCUCGCGCUGGAACAGGCGACAUGGCGGCUGGUGGAACGAGACGCUAUGACGGCGGUCAUGGUCGAGGAGCAGGAGAGGCCCAAGAAGAAAAGCGGUUUCUUCUCAUUCUUCGGUGGCUGAUUCAUGAGUCGAGUUUAGCUGCGCCUGUGGUCUGUAUAGGGUUUCCAUUCGGAGCUACGGAUUGCCUUUUCCGUUUGUUUUGCUUUUGUUCUAGCAUAGCAUGAUUCCAUUCAUUGUGCUUGGUUCCAUGAAGAGACGUCCCUCUCCAAACAUUUGGUCUUGACAAUUAGUAGAUUAAAAUGUAUGUAGUUUUGUGUUGAUUACUUGUUACUGUUGCAUUUCCUCUUGUUGGAAAUGGAAUGGUGUUGUUCAUGAUGACUUGUCUUUGUUGCAUAAGACUUAUUAAAAGCAAUCAUUGUUUUUAUGAUUAAA